CUAGGGGGCGCAGUAGCCCAUGUGACUGCCUAGUCACAUCAAUCCCAACAUGCCGUGUUCCUCUGUUUGAAUGGCGCAGGCUCAGCUGGGGGACUGUGAAUGUGUGUUUUAGUUCCUUAUAUUUUUACUUUAAUAGACACUUACAUAUUAAAUUUUAGAUAAGAAAUACAGGAAAGGAAUACCACCGUCCGAGGACAUUCACUUGCGAGAAUCCCCCAUAAACCUUUUCAAAAUGUAACGAUGAUAGGGGUUGGUGUUCUCCAUGAGGGAUGAGCACUGGUGACGGCGCUUUGAGAAAGUUACAGUAUUAUGGCCUCUGGAGAACAUGAUGCUGAAGUUAAGGAUUUCCAGCAUCUUGAGGAGGCUCUACCCAAUGAACUUCUCAACCAAAAAAUGCUAUCUUCUGGUAAAAAGAACAUGAAGGAGGUGGAUUUUUUUAAACUGGAAGAAAUAAAUAAGAAGAGAUCUUCAGUUGGUUGCACUGGACAGAACUCCACCAAAGUCAAAAGGGUGGUAUCCAGCAAGAGAAAGACUCGGCUCGUAUUUGUAAGCUCCGGCGGACGGCGGAGACAGCCCUUGGCAAGCCGGAGCUGUGAUAUGGCAAAUAAGGAAAAUGAACUGGCUUGUGCAGGCAGCUUGCAUGAGAGACUGUACAAUGAUGAUCAUUGCGGGUUCCCACUGAACUCUGCAGGAUCCACAAGGAUGGAGGGUGCAGGUUCCAAAUACAGUGAUUAUUUUGCAGAGAUAUCAAAGGAUCAUGAUACAAUGACACAAGUGCUUUUUGGAAGAAAUCUCAGGCUAAACGUAGCUCUCACUCUGUGGCGAAGAAAUACUAGUGAAUUAGUUGCAUAUCUGAUCAGAAUUCAAGAUACGGGUGUACUUGUUGAUUGCUUACCUGUAAUUACAAAAAGCCUUCAAGAUGAGAAAUCAAGUAUAUCACUUGGCUGUUGUGUGGACCUCCUACCACUAGUAAAAAAUGUACUUAAAAGUAAAUAUGAAGAAUACCUGAUAGUUGGUUUACUCUGGGUUCAGUCUGUUAUUAAAAAAUGGUGGCCAGAACUAUCUGCAAAUGGCAGAAAUGCUCGGGAUAGCCAUUCUGAGGAUAGGAAUAUUGGAAUUAUGAAGCAGCAGUUACGUGAACUGUGGGAGGAGGGAAAACAUUUAUGUUGUGUUCCAGGAAAUACAGGUGACAUAGCAAAGACUGUGGAAUCCUAUUUAUCACAGCUGCGGUGAUCUCUAAAUGUAGCACAUAGGGAAAAUAACCACUCCUUGCACUUGUUGCAGUUCUCUAAAGCUGCUUUUCAACUCCACAGUGGACUCUUGAGACUCCACAUUGAAAUAGUGUGGCUCCUGAAAGCAUAGCAACACUGGGAUUGAAGCUGAACCAAGAACUACACUUAUACUCCCAUUGAGGAAAAAAAACAGUAAAAAAGCCUUCCAUUAAUUGCAAAUGACUGCUUCAUAUUGAAGUGGAAAUUUUGCUUAAGGGCACAUUUGACUCCAUGAGAUGAAAGACACUGAAUUGAUGUUGAAAUCCAAGCUGUUAAAUGAAGUGCCAAGCUAUUUUCAGCACAGCAUUGUUUUGCCAUAUUAUGUGCAUUUGUAUAUAGAUGAAUGUAAUAAAUGUACUUAAGUUACAAAAUCCUGCAGUGAAGAGCUUGAAACUAUAUCAAAGCAUCUUUAAAUUAUUAGAACAUUUGCCUGUUUGUGGAAAAAAAAACAUACUUGACUAUGUACAUAGUACUGUUCUUUUAAUCAACAAUUAAAUAAAUUUGCAAAGAAUAUGAUGUGAUAUAAAAAUGUUCAAUCAGUAACUAAAAGUGGGGGGAAAUUACAAGUAUCACUACUGUCAGUCUCACAUAUAUGGAAUGUCAAAAUAAAAUAUUUGUUCCGUUACACGUGGAUGACAUUUAACAAUUGUAUCAUGUCAGAGGUUGGGACACAACAGUCCAACCCUUAGCUGUGACAGCAUGUAUAACUGUUUUUAAGAAGAAAAGGUGGUGCUACCUAACGACACUAUAAGAGUUGUAGUGCUUUUUAAAAAUCACAUUGCUGCAUGUUUCUCAGUACACAAUCUUUAUAUUUCUUCAAGGAAACAAUCUGUAAGCUGUGUGGUCCCUUUAAAAGCCAUGCUUAACCAAAUUCAUUUUGACAACCCUCUGCUUUCCGACGAGGGGGGUGGGUGUUGAGAUAGAAGAAAGUGUCAGUAAAGUUUGUUGCAAAAGUAAUCCUGUGGUCUUAAUUUUAUAGUCUUAAUGCAUUAUGUAAUAGCAGAUCCACAUUUGUUGCACUUGUAAAAAUACUAACCAGCAAUACGUUUUAUAAGUAUUUGCUUUUUUAAAACAGUAGAAAAAAAGUGUGAUUUAGAGGUGUGCAAAAAGUCUUAUUUCAUUUAGGUUACAUCUGUGCCUGACAUGAUGUAAUGAUUUAAAAAAAGUUUUUUAUAAGUUCAAAUAAAGAUUAUUAUGAAUAAAA